AGAGGCGCUGGCAUCGUUAUCUUAAGAUGUUAAACGAGAUUCCCAGAGGAACAACACCUUGAUUCGCAGCAUCCCUUCGCACAGGUCGAUUUUCGAGCGCUUUCAAAAGGAUCUGUUCGAUUUUCGGUCUCUACGGGCAUUUCUCUUGCCGGUUUAUCCAGUGAAACGUGUGCCCCGGGUAUUUUCCAGCGGACUGAAUGCGAAAUCAAGGUGGAGAGGCGGUAAAAUGUCACAGACAGCACGGCGGAGCAUCUGAUUGAAAAGGACUACUAAGAUGGCGUCGACUCCUCAUGUUUUUGUUUGUCGGACACCCGUGCGUCGGUGGUUGUUGGCGCAUUUCGCCUUGACUCUGGUGUUGAUCGGCGCCGAGUGCGCGGUGGCGCCGAUCCGUGACGCCGAGGCCGAGGCCGCGCUGCUGGAACGAUUGCUUCCCGACGACGACGCCUACAUUCCGCCCGUCCCCUGUCCGAGACAAUGCGUCUGCGUGCGGGACAGCCACGUCCAGUGCAGCGGGCUCGUCGACAACAUGCUUCCGGAAGACCUUUCCAACGAGACUGAUGACCUGCGGCUCGACGGCAAUGGGCUGACUAAGAUGUCCGAGUUUUUCCCUUUGCCCAAUUUGAAAACCCUCACCAUGAGUCACAAUAGACUGAAACGCAUUUUCAAGAACGACUUGGAAAUGUUCCCAUCUCUGUACGCUGCUGACUUCAGUUUCAACCAAGUCAGAAUGCCCCAUACGAGUGCCAUGUGUCCGGGAAAUUAUUCGUUGCGGAGAUUAAACCUGAACUCGAACAAGAUAAAGACUCUGCACAGAAACAACCUGGAGGGGUGCUCCAACCUGCUGCACCUGACGAUUGCGCACAACAAUAUUUCUCAGCUCGAGAAAGGAUUCCUCAGCAGCAUGACUCAACUGGAGUAUCUUGACUUGAGUAACAACAACCUGGUGAGCAUCGACGGCCUCACAUUUGGAGGGCUGAAAAGUUUGAAACAUUUGAUACUGAAGGAUAACCGGCUGCAGAAUUUGUCUGAUGGCGCGUUCUACGAGCUUGUGAGCCUCGAAAACCUGCAAUUGUUUAAGAACCACAUCCCAAUAUUGAAGAGGGGCUGGAUGUACCUCCUUCCAUCGCUGAAGCAUCUCAACCUGUCGACCAACAGCAUUUCCCACAUACAGAAAGAUGCUUUUGAGGACUCCAAAGAGUUGACUAAUUUGGAUCUUUCAAGCAACAUACUCACCUCGAUUGGCCCGCGCGUCUUCAACCACCUGUCCAAACUGAAGAGGCUUGACCUGUCAAGUAAUGACAUGUCGGACGUUGACCCAACCGCAUUUGAUGACCUCUCCAGCCUGGAAUCUCUCAUCCUGAAGCACAACAUGCUGGCACACGUGGUCGAAGACCCGUCUGGCACGUUCAGCAAACUGUCAAGCCUGCUGAUGCUGGACCUGUCGUCGAACGACAUCACGUCCUUCACCAACAAGUCGUUUGAGGGCCUGACGCGACUGACGAAUCUCCUUCUGAAGGACAACCCAAUCAAGACAAUGGGCGAGAAGGCGCUGAGCACCGUGAAAGUUCUACGCACGCUCGAAAUGAACUCGCACCACCUGCUGUGCUACUGCAACCUGGACUGGCUGCCAACCUACCUAGUGCGCUACGGCCUGAAGCCAGACCUCAUAUGUGAACACCCGCGCAGCCUCAAUGGCAGCCAAAUCCGGCAGCUGGCGGCUGAGAGUCUGCCGUGCGUCGGAUACCCCAUUCCGACGAUCAUCGAGGGGCCCGCCCCAUUGGAGAGCAAGACCGGCGACAACGUCACCCUGGCCUGCAGGGCCUCCUCGCCAGUCAAGGAGCUCAUGACCUUCAUUUGGAAGAAGAAUAACGUCGUCAUCGCCACACACAAGGGAGAGCUGGACACCUCCACGGACAGUGCGGCCACUGAAUGGCAGCAGCACUCACUCAUUCAUCUAGGCAACAUUGGCUUUGACAACUCCGGCUUCUACCAGUGCAUUGUCUCCAAUGGCUUCGGCACAAACUUUUCCGCCAAGUCCAAACUGGACGUUUACUCGAUGCCGGUGUUUUCCAAGGUGCCCAAAAACUUGACUGCAAUCACAGGCACAAGUGCAAAGCUGGAGUGCGAGGCUCAUGGAGAGCCAAAGCCAAAAAUCUCAUGGGUCAAGGAAAGGAUCCCGUUCCUCGCCGCUGCAGAGAGAAGGAUGCACGUGAUGCCAGAUAGCAGUUCCUUCUUCAUUUUAACCGUGAAACCCGGCGACUCUGGCAAAUACAAGUGCUAUGCUGAUAAUAAAGCUGGUAAAGUGUACGCCGAGGUCUACCUUGAAGUAUUAGAUCCGCCAAGGUUCGCAAAGCCGAUCGAAAACAAAGACGUGAUGCUUGGCGAAACGGCAGUUAUCGAGUGCAUGGCCGAAGGCCUCCCAAAACCAAAACUGGUGUGGACCAGGGACGGCCAGCAAAUUGAAAAGGAUGACCGCCACUUCUUGACUGGGGAGGACCAGCUGCUGAUCAUCGUCAAUGCAGGAAACACAGACAGUGGUCUGUACACGUGCGAGCUGUCCAAUUCAGCCGGCAAGUUGAGCGGCACGUCGCGUCUCACAGUCAUUCAAAGAGACGUGUACACAAAUGAAAAGAAGACCAAGAUGUUCUUGGUGUGCGCAGCGGUGGUCGGCGUCCUUGUGACAUCCAUGAUUUGGGUGAUCAUGAUCUACGCGUUACACAAGCGGCGGCAGAACAACUCAAUGGUGCCGCGGGACCUGCCGAUGGUGACGCUGAACACAGCGCCGAUGGUGUCGUCGCAACCGGAUGCGGACUCGUCGGACAGCGGUCACGGCGACUCGACCGAGCAGGCGCGCGAUUACUCGAGCGGCUCGGACAUUGCCGCCGAGGAGUUGGAGGAGGAGCAGCCCAUCUACGGGAAUGUAGCCGCCGUGGCGCCGACCAUGUUGACGUUCCGACCGUACAACGUGGUGCGCAACCCUGACUACGUCUCCAGGGAGGAAAUGGCCGCUUGCAUUCCCAGGAUGGUCUGACUGACUGAAUUUUUUAAUUUCAUUUCUCUCUUUCUCUGACGCAGGGUUGCCAAACUGUUACACUCUGAUAAUAAUUUAAAUUUUUAAGAGUACCUUUUCCUGUACUUGAUUCUAAAGAUUUCCAGGAAAACGGGUUUUAAUUUUGCUGAAAAUUGUAAGAAGUCGAUCAAAAUUGGACGAUCAGAUAGCAGGGUUUAAUUUUUACCCCGUUAGUGGUUUCUUUUUUGAUUUCUAAUGAAUAUGAAUAUUUUAAUAUGAGCCAGUUGCAGUUCAAUUUUUUGCCACGUGCAAUAAAAUGCUUUUUUUGUGAACGUAAUUUAAAAAUAACAAAUCACAAGUCUAAAUUCCUGAGAUUAUUUUUUAAUAAUUGGCCAUAUUUUUAUUUUUAACUCAUCUGCAAUAAAUUAGUAAAAAAUAAAAAUGUUGUAUAUUGUCAGUUUGUUUCAACCCUGCGUCUAUCGUCUUCACUCAGCGCAUUGACCGGGCCAAAUUUAUUCAUCGUUCGUUUGCUUUCGGAUCUCAAAAUCAUUGCCGAGUAUUAAUAAUUGCUGGAGUAUCUACCUCACGCGCCGAGCCGAGAUGGAUGCCCUCUUUUUUAUGUAGCCCUGAUUGAGCAGGGCCGUUUGUGAUGAAAUGUGAUUACCUUUUAUUUAAUUCAACCCUGAUGUACAUAGUCGAGAGUGUGUGCAAUACGGAAACAAUAAUAUUCAACAGAAGGCAACUAUUUAUAUUUGGCAGCCAUUUUUACACACAAUUUUUUUCUUUUAUUACUUAAUUGCGGCGCGCACAAGUUUGAUUGCACAAAGGCGGCGGAAAAGAUUGGCCUUAUUUUCCUGAUUGGAUUGCCUUGUUGAAACUAGACUUGAAAGUAUUAUGCUGUCGUCGACGAACCUUGAAUGGAUCGCUUUUUGUUGCACGGUUCCUGACUAGCCUUACAUUUUCAGAUUUGUAAAAAAGGAAAAUUAACGUAUUGCUGUCCAGGUUGUAUGCAUGUGCCGUGCCUAUGAAAAUGAUUUCGUGCCUAAUAUUUUUACCGCAUGACGAUUUUUUUUUUUAUAAUUUUUCAACGCAAUGACGACCCUCAAUGUAAUUCAAUGUGUAGCUUUAGGUUGGCGAACAUUCGAUUUGUAAAGAAAAUCUCUUCAAUGUCGAGAAGAACAACUUGUAUUCUAAAUACAGGUGCUUUGAACUCCUGUGCUCGGAAAUCGAGAUGCCAAAGAACCCGAAAUUACUAAGUUUAGAACAAAUGUUCCUCUGAGCCUGAUUACCGGUUUAAAGAGGGAACAAAAAUCCGAGUUGCAGGAGUUAAAUGAACGCGCUAAAUUCACUGUUGAACUUUUAAAGGUUAAAAGUGUCGCUCGUCAACCGUGGCAGCAGCUGGUUUGACCGGGAUUUUAUGCCAUAAUUGAAUAUUUCUUAAAUGUGUUCCGUGUCCUCCCGGAAACCCAGUGCUGCCGUCUUCAAACGCAACUUUUAUACUUAAACCUCUUUAGACUACGAGAACUAACUUUAAAAAGAAAGAGCAGCGUGCUUUUGGUACCUUUCUAGAUUUUAAAAAGACGAGCUAAGAUCUAGGAAUAUUUAGGGAAAUUACGUGUCAUAAAUAACGUAGCCAUAUAUAUUCGCAUCCAAUAAUCCAUACGAAACGCCCCCUGAAUAUUUGCUAAUUUGUCGAGCCACUGGCGAACUACAAGACUCAUUAUUAGUAUAGGAGAUAGAUGAAUGUGCCCAUUUGUCCACGUGCAUGUCGUACAAUUUGAAUGAAUGUGAAUGUAAAGCGCAGCGGAGAAUAUACAUUACAUUGUUGUAAAUAAA